CCCACCCUUCUUCCCUUCCCUCAUCAUACAAACACAACACACAACAACACAACAACCACAACAACAGCCCACCAUACAGACCGACCAACCCCACAAACAACAAGACACCACGCGCAGCCAACGCUUCUUUCAGACCAUCCCACAGCGCAUCUGCGUGGUUCGCUGUGCACUUGAUAAGCUAACUUCCUGAACUUUGCUUUCUGACCUUCUGGAUCGACUCAAACGCUUCGUGCCUGUGCUACGAGGCUGUUGAUCCGCUGCUCCGACAAACUCUUGACCUUCCCUCCACUCGCAUAUAUUUUUGAAUUGAGGAGGUUGUUUGACGUGCCAUUGACAACCGGCACAGAAGAAAGGCAACGCACGUUCUCUGCACGGAACUUCAUUCUGACAAUACAUACAACUACAGCGUGACACGUUGCUGCUCCACAGGCGCGGCUCCCCCACCAUGAGCGCCCGCGCCGUGGCGGCACUGCCAUGGCUGCCAUGCGCACUAGCAACGGUGGUUAUGAUCCUUGCUUCCCUCAACGUCCUCGUCGCAGGUCAAUCGAGCUUCACGUUGAGACAGCUGAGCUCCGACUUGCCACGUGAGGGCGACCUGCUUGAGUUUGAGGUGGCCUUUUCCGGGCCGCCUCCCGUGGAUGUCGAGAUUCGCAUCGCAGGGACCAACACCACGCAGGUGGCUGAUGCGGAGCUGUUCAUUAACAGCACCAACUGGAACACGACAUCGCACCGCUUCCUUGCGGGUCCAUCCGCCAACAACUUCAUUCAGGUCUCGCCCUACAGCAUCCCGCUCGUCCUGCAGGUCACCACGCCAUCCUUCGUCUCCGACAUGGUCGUGGACAUGGUCGCCCUCGAUAACAAUACAGCGGACGUGUUGCGUGAGCUGGAUUCAAGUCGGCCAUAUCCGCAAGGGGCAGUGCCCGAGGGCACAUAUGUGGAGUAUCUCUUGACCCUGGCCAGCAUCCCAACACACCCUGUCGUCGUGGACUUGGUGGUGGACGCGGGCCUGGUGUCGCUCACGCCACAGCGGGUUGCCUUUGAGCCCACCACGUGGAAUGUGCCGCAGGUUGUGCGCGUCGCGGUCCCCGACAACGACGUGUAUGCGGCGGCUGCCGUGAGCACAGACACUGUGGAGUUCCACGUGUCGAGCAACGACACCAACUUUGACGCCUCCGACCAGCAAAAUCUCAACAUCACCGUUGCCGACGACGAAGCAGGCCCGUCCAUCAGCUUUGCGUCGCUGCGAUGGGAGGCGGUGCCGUACCCGCACGGAUUUGUGGUCCGCUUCGAUGUGGACAUUGCGGCUGCUGGCCACGACGCCCGCACGCCACGCACGCUCCACUUUGGCGACGGCAACUCGGCCCAACUCCCCUCGGACCCCAUCUACCUCACAGACGCCUUCAACCAGACCAUUGUGCGCUACACGAUGUAUCACACAUACGCACGCGGUGUCGACCGCUCCCAGCGCGCGUGGGUCGAGGUGUGCUGCGUGGCAAAAUUCGUGUCCACCACCAUCGACGCGCCUCUCACGCUGCAGGCAGAUGUGCAGCUGAACCUGCUGCAAAACACGUCCAGUCCCUUUGUGCCAGCUGUCACCGCUUGGCAGUACCACGCACGCCCGCUCGCCAUCAACGCCACCACACAUGUGGCAGACGACACGUACGUGCCGGUCACCCACGUGCGUGGUUGGGCCUCACCUUAUGCCGCGCCGCUCCGCUACGCCAUCGCCAACAGCGCUGUUGGCGGCACCGUGCACGGCGUGCCGGCGUGGAUCACCAUUGACCCAUACAUGGGCGUUGUCAUUGUCGAUCCCGCAGCCGCCUACCCGGGCCAGUUCCUCGUCCCCGUGCGCGUGUCAAACGUGCUAACGGACGCUUCCUCAACCUACACAUUUGUGUUGGACGUGCCAGCGUCUGCCACCACCAUCGCCACCGAUUCCGCAGCAGCAACAGCAGCAGCAGCACUCGCCACUACAUCCCCGCUCGACGCGGCAGCAUGGCUCUCGCGCAUGGACCAGGGCUACACGGAUGACGUGGACGCUGCCGUUGCGGAUCUCGUGUCCGCCAUUGGUACAGGCGCGCACGAGGACUUUGCACGUGGCGACUCGCCACUGCGCUGUGUCACAGAUGUGCAGGACUUUGUGUCGGCCUGUGUGGUGCAGACGGCGUUUGGCGGCAGCGCCACUGUUGAGGCCAUGGCCACCGCCCUCGGCAACGCCACCACAUACACGCUGCACACCCCUGGUGCAGUCGCACCGUUGCUUGCAAGCACGGCCGGCGCCGACGGCACAUACCUCCCCGCGCUUCCCUCCAUUGCGGAUUCCGCGCAGGCCUCAGCCACACCGCCGGGCGCCCCUGCCCUGUAUGCGCUGGCGUGGGUGGUUGGCGUUCAGGACGGCGCCAACGAGACGCUUGCCCUCAUUCCCGAGGACACGCACGUGGCCGUUGGCUCGGGCCAGGAUGUGCUGGCUGACGUCGCGGCGCUCGGCAGCGACGGCAUUGACGUGCAGCACCUCACGCACACCAGCCUGCUCGUCACCCUCGAUGCGCAUGCCAUUGGCACGGGCGCUGGCGACCUUCGCGCUGCGGCCGAGUCUCUUGUCGGCACGCUCACGUUGCGGCUGCAGUACACACACGCAGGCCUCAAGCCACGCGCAGGCACUCGCAACAUCAUGGUGGCUGUUGGCGACAGCACGGGGCUGGUAACCGUGCAUGCAGGCAGUGUCGAGCCCGCGCCCACACCGGUUGCACCCGUGCUGGACCUGGACCCCACCGACCCGGCAAGUAGCGACUUUGCCACGGUGUACUACGAUCAGCAGCACAGCACGAACAUCUCCCUCACGGCGCAGCCAGACGGCAUGGUUCUGCAGCAGCCGCGCGCCCCCAUCGCCCGCGCCACUGUUGCCAUCCACCCGGCCAUGGACGCGCCAUACGAGAUGCUGUCCGCGCCAUACGAAGCGCCGACAGCAUCGUGGCCACCAGCCGUGUUCUCCUCCAGUGAGAGCCUGCACUUUGCACAGCAGGGGCUGUCCACCAUCACCGUCCCGCAUUCAUCCGCAGCAGCGGCGCGCCCCGUAACCGACGUCGUCAUCGCUGUGCACGUGUUGCAUGGGCAGGUGGGCGACCUCACGCUUGCCCUGCACCGCCACGGCCGCCCCUACGUGCUUGCAGAGUACGUGGGUGGGCCGUCGUGCGACGCAGCCAAUCUCCUCGCCACCACCUUCACCACAGACAGCGACAUCCCCCUCUCCGGCCGUGCUGACGGCGCCGGCGCGUGUGUGCCUGGUGCGCAGGGCGUGUUUCGCCCCGCCCAGUCGCUCGCUGCGCUGCUUGGCGAGUAUGCAGAUGGGGAGUGGACGCUGUCUAUUACAGAUGCCGGCGUGGGUGCAGGCAGUGACACCACGCGGGGCCUUCUCCUCUCCUGGUCCAUUGCAUUCUACACCGACCUCAGCAGCCCCGCCACCGCUGGCGCCACCAGCAGCAGCAACAGCCAUGGUGCCGUGGGUGCCCUGCCUACUGGCGCUGCUGUGCCGUUUGCUUCGCCCGUAUAUCGCUCCUCAACACCUGUGCCGCGCCUUGGCGCACUCGCAGCACCACGCACGCUGCCCUGGCACGAGGCAUACAGCAACAGCAACAGCAGCAGUGACAGCAUCACUGCGCGUGACACCAUCACCAUUGAUGAUGUGCAAGGCCGUGUGCGUAGUGUCGUGGUGGAGGCGCACCUUGCAUAUCCGCCCACUUUUGUCGGCAGCAACGCCACAGUGACCCUGUCGCUGCAGCACGGGGACGACAACGUCACCCUCAUGCAGUACAACAGACAGGAGGCCAUUGCCGCGUUGCUUGCAGGCAAUGCGGCUGCACCCUCUGAACGCUGCGUGCCUGAAGGGUUCUUCGCGUUUGCGGACGAUGCUUCUUUGUACGGCGACGCAGCGGCGUCCUCCUUUGCCAUGGCCGACCUGUGUGCCGCGGUCGCCGGCGUGGACGCGCCCCCACUUCGCCUCGGUGCACCAGCCGAGGCCCUGGCUGCGUUUGCCGGGUCGCGCGUGACGGGCGAGUGGACGCUUGUGCUGGAGGCGGACGGCAGCCCCGUGGCUGUGGGCGGCUGGGCGGUGCGCUUUUCGCUCGAGCCCAACGUCGACACGGCCUUCAACGCCACCACGGGCGUGCUUGAGCUGUGGGGUGUGGACUCGCCAGACAACUACCGCGCUGUGCUGGACAGCAUCGUGUACUCGAACGAUGCCCCCACCACGGAGCCGGAGCCCCUUCGCAACAUCACGUUCACCGUGGUGGACGAUCUUGGCACGGAGGCGACCGCGAGCGCGCUCGUUGCCAUCCACCACCUCCUCAGCAUCGAAUUGCUCCCAAUUGACGAGGAUGAUACGACAUCGCAGGGCAAGCUCAACCGCGUGUCAACCAUGCUUGCCCUCACCACCCCGCCCAACGCAGACGCCAACGACAACUGGCCGGAGCGCGCAGGGUACGGCGUUGUCAUCACCAUGGUGGACAACAGCAACGGCGACUGGCAGUACUCCCUGGACGGCGGCCACACCUUCCUCAGCAUCGGCAACGUGUCGCGCACGGACGGCCUGCUGCUGCCCGGCAGCGACGUCGGCGACGGCGUGGUUGACGUUGGCCUCGCAGAGCCCUGGAACACCACCAUUCUCGCUGCUGGUAGCGACCACGCGUAUGAAGGCCUGGUGCGGUUCGUACCAAGCAAGGACUUCCACGGCACGGCAAGGAUUGGCUUUUCGAUGUGGAACACAGACGCACUGGCACUGCCUGCAGGCACGCGGACGGAUACGAGCAAGCACCCGGUCAGCCUGCACAACGCAUCGGCCAUUGCCACGCUGGAGGUGCUGCCGGUGAACGAUCAGCCAAUUCUCACUGCGAACGGCGUCCUCGAAACCAUUGUUGAAGAUGACGUGGACAACACGGGCACGCUGGUUGCAGACGUUGUUGCUGGCAUCUUCUUUGACAUGGACACGCUUUCGCCUGUUGCCGACACUUUCUCUGAUGAGAUGGGUCUCGCCAUCACGGGCGUGGACCGCAGAAACGGCGACUGGCUCUGGUCCUGCGCCAACGAAGAGGCAUACUACGACGCCUUGCUUGCAAACACCGCCAACGGCACCGCCAACAGCACCGUGUCGACGACAGCGGCGUUCCUGAACGGCACGGCGCUCUCCGCAACGUUUGUUCCCUUCAUUGGUGGCAUUCUGCCCAACAACGACACGUGGCCACCAAACCCGACGCCCGCCAUGGCCACCGUGCUUGGGCCCGGUUGCCGCAUCAAGUUCAGCCCCAGCGAGGACUUCAACACGCAGCUGACAACCGCGGGCGAGCCCUGGUCCGAUGCGUCCGCCAUUCGCCCCUGGAUCCGCGCCCUGCCAUGGGACAUGACAGACGAUAUCGCGUCUGGCACGUUUAGCGUGGACACGCGGGCAGGCCGCACGGAUGUCACGUCCCCGUUUGGCAGCACGCCCCGCUUCUUGUACAUCAACGUGACGGAGGUGAACGACGCACCGCAGCUGCGCAUGGGCGGGCCUGGCGACAAUUAUUCAACCGUCUAUGUUGAAGGCCACGGCCCCAUCAGCAUUGCUGGACCGGCAUUUGUGGUGGCGGACCCAGACAACGCCGCACUGGCAAGCGCCACGCUGCAGCUGUCUGGCGUCGCAGAUACGCUGGAGUACGAGCAUAUUGUGUUCAACACGACGCAGCUGGACAUUGCUGGUGAGGGCAACUACACCCUCACGUACGACGCAACCGCUGUUGUGAACGGCUCGGAGCUGCACGCUGCUCCCACGUCUGCGUCCAUCCCCGUGCUGCUGCAUCUGGACGAUGCCGUGAGCGGUGCGCGCCUCACCGUGGAGGCUGCACCCCUCAACACCACAGCACACGACAGCUCCAGCAAUGGCACCGCGGCCAGCAACACAACCGUGCCGUCCACGAUGACCACUGGCAUGGUGGUGCGCGUGUGGUGCGCGAGUGACGUGGCAACAGGCACAAAGUGCCCACUGUCUCUUUUCCGCGAUGUCCUGCUUGCUGCGCAGUACGUGGACACGUUGGCUGAGCCAACAAACGGCACCCGAACCAUCGAGGUGUCUGUGAGCGACGGCCUGGCAACCACGCGUGCCAUGACCACGGUCAUCGUCGUGCACACGCUUGAGAACGCGCCUGUGCUUGGUCUUGACGCGGCGCUUGGCACCACGACGUUUACAGAGCAGGGCGGCGCCGUCUCCCCGCUGGCAGCGCUCACACUCUUUGAUGAGGAUCACAACGAGUUCUAUGGCAUUGCAGCAGCAGAGGUUGGCCUGACGUCCUGGCAGGCUGGCCACGACACGCUUGCCGUGUCAUCCAACGCGACGCAGCACACGCACGUGGCCGUCGCCUUCAACGCCACCACGGGUGUGCUGACGCUGACGGGCACUGCGAGCGUCGCUGCGUACCAGGCACUGUUGCAGGCGGUUCAGUUUGCCAACGACGAGGACGAGCCGCGUGGGUUUGAGCGCAGCAUUGCGGUGCAGGUGACGGACACCGCCGGCCUCGUCAGCAACGUCGUUGUCGCCCGGUUGCCCAUCCAGCUUGUCAACGACCACGCCCCUGUCAUUGUCAUGUCGGAGCCAGUGUACACUGUCGUGGAGGGCACUGAUCACGUCCUCGCGCUCGGCGGCGACAUUUCCCUGUCAGAUGCAGACGUGCCUGCAAGCACGGCAGACAGGUAUCCGCCCAUCAGCCAGCACUUCCUGGCCAGCGCCACAUUGACGCUGACACCCCUCGGCCAAGGGUCUGCGUAUGCUGCCAGCUUUGCGAGCGCUUUCCCCGACGGCCGCCUCGUUGUCAACGCAUCCCGCGCUGCGGCGUUUGCCACACCAUACGCCAACGACAACACCAGCAACGACACCGAGGUCAGCGUCAUUACCACGACGCACAGCGCGGGCGCAUACAAUGACACGGUGGUGGUGAAUGCUGGCGGUGUUGCUGGUGCAAACCUCAGCGUGCGUGCGUAUGCAGAUGGCUCACUGUCAUUGGUUGGCCCAGCACCCAUUGAAGUGUUCGCUGGCGUGCUCGCUUCCCUGCAGUACGAGACGUGGGUGGAGGAGUUUGACAGCGCUGAGUUGAACGUGUCGCUGAGCGUGAGCGAUGGCCUAUUUGUCUCCACAGCUUCCACGCUACUUGUGCUGGAGCCAGUGAACGACGUGCCUGUGUUCUCGGGCGACGCGGCUGUCACACCAGCCCCGGUCUUUGUUGAAGGCAGCGCUACCCCAAUGCGUGUAUUCAACAACGCUUUUAGGGUUACCGACAACGACAACGCAACCCUUCCGCUCGCCACCAUCACGCUUGCUCCCAUCGACACCACACUUGCACCCACCAGCAGCAGCAGCGGCAGCAGCAGUGAUGCGGAUGUGGAAGUGCUCGUGGUGCCUGCGGAUGUGUGGGCGGCCAUCGCAAAUGUCAGCAUGCAAGGCAACUACAGCAACACCAACGGUAGUACCACUUUAACGUCGUCCAACAGCACCACCAAUGGCACCUCAACAUCCCUCAACAGCACGAGCACAACGAACAACACCACAAACACAGGCCUGCCUGUGCUCCGCGGUAACGGCACGGCUGUGCUUGAGGUUGCCAACAUUGGACCGGCGGCGCUGACGCAGCUGCUGCACAGCAUCGGAUACAAGCACCUCGACGCCAACCCAGGCAACCCAACGCCUGGCAUUCGCACCAUCACGCUAGUGGUGACGGACGGACAGGCAACGACCAGCAUUGGCAUCAAUGCCUCGUUGGAGGUUGUGGCUGUUGAUCCUGUGAACGACGCGCCCUUCUUCAUCACAGUUGGCAGUGUGAGGGACGUGGUGUUUGUUGAAGAAGCAGUACAGCCCGUGCCCGUGUUCACGGCGAACCGCAGUGUGAUGGACGUGGACUCGGCAGACAUGCACCGCUUCACGGCGGCCCUGACAGAUGCAGAACAGGAGAGCGAGUUUGUGGUGCUGGGUGAUGUGGCGACGACGUGGCAGCGCUAUCUUCUCGAGUCGUGCGCGCGCCUGUGUCCAUCCACAGAUGCCGCUGCCUGGUAUGCCAGCACGGGCCAGAACGUUCUGAGCACACCCACAGCCGCUGCAAGCACCACAAGCGCCUCGGGCAGUGGUGUGCUGCCGUUUUCAACUGACACAACCACCGCAACCACCAGCACAAGCAGCAGCACAGCCAGCACCGCCACCUUUGAUGUGAACGGCACAAGCACAGCCACCAGCACGCAGUCAACAACCUCGGCUGCGACCACAAGCAGCAGCGGCAGUGGCAGCGGUCUUCUAGGCUUCAGCACAACCUCCAUGUCAUCAACCACCUCGUCAACAUUUGGUGGCGACGCGAGCGCUGCCUGCCAGCAGCUCUGCGUUGCUGUCAACGCCACCUGGUUCGACUUCCCCAUCCCCAGCGAAGCCUCUUCGACUGUGGCCAAUCGGAAGGACAACGACUGCGGUGUCGUGCACGGCGAUGUGGUGACGUUUUCCUUUGUGGACUGGAUGGUGGGUGACCGUGACGCGGACGCCCUGCUUGCCAAUGCCACGCAAUACGCAACGGACACGCUCGCAGCUGUUCUGCCAGAGAUGCAGCCAGCGCACCUGCACAUCCCAUGCGACACGCUGUGCGCCGAUGCAGCUGUGGCAGACAGCAGCCUGUGCUACUACCGGUGCAGCCUGUACCGUGAGCUUGGCAAGCAGGUUGACGUGCUGGCCAACACAACAACGGAGCAGACGGUGGACGCGCUGUCCACCAUUGCGUACUGGAACGUGGAGGACGAGAUGCAGGGCUCCAGCAGACAGGUGGACAUGCAAGUGGCUGACGACAACAGCAUGUGGAGUAGCGUGCUUACCGUGCCCGUCACCCUCGUCCCUGUGAACGACGCACCGCGCCUGUACGUUGACGGCAACCGCAACAGCACCACGAAUAUCACACGGGCCAUCACGUACACGGAGCGGGAACUUGGCACGCCCUUGUUUGCAAGCGGCGCAGGUGUUGUGCUGUUGGAGGACGAUGACGACCAGCUCAUCUCGGAGAUUGCUGUGGAGCUGACCAACGCACCUGCCAACAGCAGGGAGGGUCUUUUCCUCAACGUGGACGCGCUUGCACCCGCAUUUGUAGUUGAGUUCCAACUCUCAGCAGGUCCAACUGGCCCAACUACGAGUACGUCCAGCAGCACAACAAGUAGCAGUACUACCUCGACAAGCAGUAGCAGUACUUUCAAUGGCACGCACUCCACGUCGACAAGCAGUAGCACCACCAUGAAUGGCACGCUUUCGACCACAAGCAGCAGCAGCAGCACUUUCAAUGGCACGCACUCCACGUCGACAAGCAGCAGUACCACGGAUGCCCCAACCACAGCCACAACGAGUACACCCAUGACAAUGUCCAGCGCAACCAUUGUCAUUCGCGACAACAGGACUGGCGCCGUGGCCAUUGUCGUGGAGUCGUGGUCGCCCGUCACCGUGUACCCGGCGCUGACAGAUUACGAGCGCGUGCAGGCGGAGCGAGGGGAGCUACACCCGGUGAUUACUGCCGCCAUCCCACUCGGCCACGCCUUGCACAUGACGGUGAACAACGCCACGCUUGCGACUGCGCAGACCAUCUUGCAGGCCAUCUCCUACACGAACGUGGAGCAGUUGCUGGUGCAGCCGCAGGUGGAACGAAUCGUGCGCGUGCAUGUGCGCGACAGCUAUGCAGCAGCAAGCAGCAACGUCACCGUGCGUGCAUCGCUGAUCUCUGUGAACAACGCGCCACUGCUCAACGCCACACGCCUCGUUGCGACGCAGGAGGAGGCUGAGGACGGUCCAGGCGUCACCUUUGACGUGCUACCGGCCUAUGUGGACGCGGAGAGCAAGCCGUGGUUUGCACCGGAGCAGCGCAUGCCCGGGUACGUCGAGGUGAUGCAGUUGCCCGUGCACGGCAACCUGACCUUGGAAGCAGACAGCACGGUGCUGCGGUACGUGCCGGCGGCGGAGGACUAUGGUGUGCGCCCGUUUGUGGUGCGCGCGUGCGACCCGCUCGGCCUGUGCUCGGAAAACGUGACGCUGACGGUGGUGGUGCAGUCGAUUAACGACGCGCCCGCCCAGCGCAGCGACGUGCUGCGGUACGACGUGGUGGAGGACACGGUGACGGAUAUCCCGCUUGACCUGUUUUACAUUGACGUGGAGGAGUAUCACCUGGAGCCGUUCCACGCGGACAUUGACGGUGCAGGGGCCAUGCAGGUCACGCUGCUGCCGGACGCUGUGCAGCAGGCGGUGAAGCCCAUCGACGAGCAGGGCAUUCUCUCGCUCUACCUCAACACGACGACGCGCGUGCUGCGGCUCACCCCCGUCAAGAACUACGCCGGCCCGGCCAAUGUUGCCUUCACCGUGUGCGACACGGAGGGGCUGUGCACGAACAUGACGCUGCACGUGAACGUGACGGCGGUCAACGACGUGCCGGCCGUUGCCGCGCUGCUUCAGACGCGCGUGCGGGAGGACACGCUUACCGUGCUGCCGUUCACGUCGUACGAUGUGGAGGACUCUGCCUGCCCGCGCGAUCCAAUCAACACGCGCUACUGCCAGCUGCUGCAGGUACGGAUUACAGCCCAGCCCUCGCACGGCAUGGCGCGGCUGCUGCUGAGCAACGACACGUCGCUGCCGCUGGAGUUGCGAUACAGCAUCGAGUACAACCCGGACGAGCACUACUUUGGCGUUGACUCGCUCACCAUUUCGUCGUGCGACAGCGAUGGUGGCUGCUCAACGUCGGUUGUCACCAUCACGGUGACGGCCGUUGACGACCCGAUCAUGCUCACCAUCGAGCACGUGAACGUGAACGAGGACGAGGUGCUGACCCUCAACCUUCUCGGGUAUGUGCAGGAUGUGGACAAUGUGGUCACCGCGGGUGGCAUCAACAUGACCCGCGCGCCGCUGUACGGCACAACGACCUACGACGACCAGACGGGCGUGUUUGUGUACGCACCGCUCCAGCACUACUUUGGCGAGGACAGCGUGACGUUUCUCUUGUGCAACGAGGCAGGCGACUGCGGCUCGGCCACCCUCAACAUCACCGUGGUCAGCGUCAACGACGUGCCGGUCGUGCUCAACACGGACGUGGAGGUGUGGGAGGACAACACCAUCGUGGUGGACCUGCUUGCGCUCACCAGCGACGUUGCCAACGAGAUGGCAGGUGUGCUUCCCGACACCAUCACCAUCACCACGGCUCCGGCGUACGGGUCUGUCGCAUACAACGCCAGCGCCACCCGCGUUCAGGAGAGCCGAGCAAGCACUGGUGCGACGGGUGCUGCGGCCGCCACAGCCCUGGCUGUGGAGGGCCCAUAUGGCACAGCCACGUACACGCCAAACCAGGACUACUUUGGCGAGGACCGCUUUGGGUUCACGGCGUGCGACGGCUCCGGUGCGUGCCGCAGUGGGUUUGUCUUCAUCACCGUGCUUGCGGUGAACGACCGGCCACGUGUUGCGACGGGACAGCCGGACCCGCGCACCGGCGCUCCCACGGCAACAGCCAUCCUGCCCUUCACCGCCGAAGAGGACACGCUGAAUUUGCUGGCCGUGUACGCGCUGCACGACGAUGUGGACUUUUCCGAGGACCACGUGCGGCCAUCGCCGGAUGACCUGGCUGCGUUUGCCAGUGGCGAGCGGCCAGACCUGUUCCUGACCGUCUAUGACCCUCCGCUCCACGGUGAGGUGACCAUGUACUCGUUCUUCGGCCUGGCAGGGUACCGCCCCAACACGGACUACGUUGGGCCGGACGCGUUUUCCUACCGCGUGUGCGACCCGUGCUCCACCACACGCAACGCUGAGUUUGGGCGCAUUGCUCCCAGCACGGACCCGGCGUGCGUGCGGCAGCGCGUGGAGUACGGUGCCAGUGCUGUUGCUGGCGGGGAUGACGAUCUGGAGCUUGGGUGCACGAUUGUGAACGUCACUGUGCAGGUGCGCAACGUGAACGACCGCCCCAACGCAGCAAACCUGGCGACGGUGGUGGAGCCAACGGGAACGGCCGUGUUUGCGCCGCUCGACAGCACGCGGGACAUUGACGAUGUGCAGUUUGCGCACGUGCACGCGCUGGUGGAGGCGACGGCUGGCAACGCCACGCUGCAGGUGCUGGAGGACGAUUACAACCUGGUGACCGACGACGACAUUGACGUUGCAUCGGUGCAGGUGGUGGCACAGCCAAGCAGCGGCGCCCGGGCCGAGGUGGUGUAUACGCACGAUGCAGUGACCAACACAAGCGUGCCGACCAUCGUGUACACGCCGCCCAACCACCCGUCACUGGCCGCCGCCAACAACAGCGACACGCUGUUCUUCGGCGCGGACGACUUUACAUACUCCGUGUGCGACGUGCAGGGCGAGUGCGACCUGGCCACCAUCACGGUGCACGUGGCAUCGCCCACGCCGCAGAUCACGUCUGUGCGCGCCCUGGGCGCGUGCGUCAACGGUGCGGACCUGAUUGCCGGCAUGUCACCCUCUGCACUGCGUCUGCGUGAGUCGCUCACGUGCGACCCUGACGGCGUGUUCACGGACGCCGGCUAUGGCGACGGCGACCGCUUCCUCGUACAGUUUGACAGCGCCACCAACAUGCCGCCAUAUGGGCGGGCCGGUGUUGGCCUCUUGGAAGAGGACGUGCUGCAGCUGUUUUCCUUCUCGCAGGCGCUCAAGCCCACCGCGGGCAGCGGCAGCGAUGCUGACGUCAGCAUCACUGGCGAAUGGGUCGACCCCACCCUGUUUGUCAUCACGGCGUCUGGCAGCAUGGGUGCGUAUGCGCCAGUGUUCUCAGCAACUGCGCUGAACAUCAGCGUGCCCGGCACGCGCGAUCGCCUGUGUGGGCAGUACGGCCACACCAGCGCAGCUCCCGGUAUCAUCACGGUGGAGGUGGACGACAUGGAAGGCAAGGAGGACGCGGAGCUCACGCCAGCCCCCAUCACCAGCGAUGACGGCUCCAUCGCGCUCAAGACAAACGUGGAACGCGACCCGUACUGCAUCCUCUCUGCGGACGAGCUGUCCUUCCACGCAGCGAGCACCGUUGUCGGCGUCUCGGGCGACUUUGGCCUCACCCUGCCUGGCGUCAUUGGCGUGGAGGUGACCAACCCGCCCCAGGUUGAGCCAGACUACCUUGGCCGCGGCACCGUGCUCUCCGUCGUGAUGCAGCCUGCAUUGCCCCUGGGUCUGCUGUACAAGCUCUGCUCCCGGGGCACGGCGGAUGUGUUUGACCUGAGCGUGCUUGCAAGCAGCGCGGAGGCAACCCUCGACUGUAGUGUUGUGCUGGGCAGCGAUGACUCUGAGGUCUCUGCCUCCAUGACUGAGCGCGAGUACGCGUGCCAAUUUGAGCCGCACACGCUCACCCGCGCCGAGCUGGCACAGUGCACCAACACCAACACCAACAACGAUAACAACAGGCGCCGUCGCACCGCCAACAGCGGCUUUGCUGUCGGCGGUGAUGAUGAUGGUGCUGAUCGUGAUAGCGGCCUGUUGUUGAGCGCACGGAAGCGCAGAGACGCCACGGCCACAACGACCGGAACGGCCACAACGACAACCACCAGCACCGCCGCCGCCACGACCAGCGUGACGGCCACGUCCAACAGACUGCGCCUGUACUUCACGUCUCUCAGCGGUCUGAAGCUGAAGCCGAGUGACGCCGGGUUUACGGAAGCCGUCGCUCGCAUGCUCAACACCGACACGCUGCGGGCUGCCGUGCUCGGUGACACGUUUGGCGUGAGCGCCAGUGCCCUGGACACGUACACGACAAGCAGGGAGGAUGCGCUGGUGGCGCUGUUUGAGCAGCUUGCGCUUGGGCUUCGCUACGUGGGCAACAACGUGGAGACGCCGAUGCUCACGUCCGUGCACGCGUACCGCCCAACCGCCGCCUUCCUCAAGGCCACCGGUGCUGAGAUGCUUGGCGAGCUGCAGCCUGGGUGCACGCUUGUGCUUGAGUUUGACCGCGACACCAACACGCCCUCAACAUCACCGGCGUCAUCCGUCGACCUCUAUCCGUACCUCAGCGACAAGGCGGCGGCGGCGGCGCGCGCACAGGACCUGGAGAACACGGUGCUGGCGCUGUCACAGCGCGACGUGGACCGCCUGCUGACCUUUGAGCCGAGUCUCGGCAGCUUCUCCAGCGACACGAACCGCACGGAGGACGCGUAUGUUGGGCGGUGGACGUCGUUGUCCACGCUUGAGAUUGUCAUCUUCUCCCCCAACACGGUGAGCCGUGCACUGAUUGCGUCACCGCAGGCGCUGACGAUUUCGUUCACGCCCACGUCGUCCGGCAACCCGUGCGUGGAGGACCCGUCCCCAUGCACCACCGACGCCGACAACGGCAACUGGGGCAUCUGCAACACGAUGGGCACAUCCUGCCGCGCGUACGAGGCAUUUGCCGGGCAGAACAUCACGGGGUCCUGGGCAACGGACGUCACACUUGGCGGGUCAACAUCCACGGCAGUGGAGUCGUCAUCGUACCUGUAUCUGCUGCUGCUCGCCGUGCCCGCCAUGGCUGUUGGCGCUGUCAUUGUGUACAGGCGCUCGCGUCGGCAGCGCGACAAGAAGCGCAUGGGCCGGCUGGUGAACAGGUGGCGGUCGAUGCUGGGCACGGACCUGGUGGACAACCCCGUGCUGAAGACAACGUCCACAGACUGGUCGCGGCCACCCGGCAUGACUGCCAUGCGUGCACACUCGGACCCGUUCCUCACGGAGGGUGAGGGUGGUGACCCGUUUGCAGGGGGACAGCAGAAGCAGCAGGAUGCGCAAGGCGUGCCCAUGGCAGGCACGGGGCUGUAUGACUCUGCGUUUGGGGACUCUGUGCCAAGGACAGAACCGUUUGCAGCGCAGCAGCGCAUUGAUGCCAUUCUUCGCAGUCCAACGCAGCCAAUGGGUGGUGCAGGCGCGCAGCAAGCACAACAGCAGCAGCAAGAUGUGCUCAACACCAGCACUGUGGCAACACUCGGCAAGGGCAGCCGCAUUGUUCUGCCGCCGCUGAGGAAGGGUGUGCAGCGUGUGCCAUCCCUGCGCACGCUGGAUGCAAGAGGUCAACAGCAGCAACAGCAGCAGCAGCCCAAUGGUGCUGGUGCCGGUGCAAGCGUGCGUGAUCUCCCACCACUCAAGCGCGCAACGCUCCGUGGCAGCCAGCGUCUGCCUGGCAUUCCCGUUGGCCCACCUAUGGAGCUGCCUCACAUGACACCAUCGCAACCACAGCAGGCACAGCAACAGCAGAAGGGCAAUGCUCGCCUGCCACCGCUGCGUGCUGGCCCGGCCUCGUUUGCUCGCAAGCCCACGCUGCCGUCGUUCCCACAGGGCCCAGCACCUGGACAGCGUGUGAUCCGGCCCGUUCGUCCACCGGGCAUGGGCAACGACAGCGCGAUGGGCGGAGGCGUUUCUGGACCAAACGCGUUUAAGCCGCGCUCCAACGCAGCGCUGCCGUCGAUGGACCGGCGUUUCACGGACCCAUUUGCAACUGCAGGCCCAGCAGCAGCAGCAGCAGCAGGCACCAACAUCAACGGCAGCGAUGUCACGACCACGGGCGCUGGUGGCGUCAAGGGCGGCGGUGGGGACGGCCAGCGCUCGACGUCUGGUUCCUCUGACCCGUUCCGCCGUCGACCAUCGGUGCAGCGGCCACAGGUUCCCGGCAGCAUCCGUCGCGCAUCCCAGGGCAGCGGUGUUGCCGCGCAGCCGCCCAUGCGCGUACCGUCGCUCAAGUCUGGUGCGCCGCCCCCCAUGCGCAUGCCGGAGAUGUCGGGUCCGCGCCGCGUGAGCCUGCAGGCACCCAACCCAUUGCGCAAGAUGUCACGCCCCUCGGCAGACAUGAGCCGCCCCGCAGCCGUACCAGGGAUGCGUGUUGGUCCGGGCGCUGGCGCCGACCUUCCGAAAUUGGCACGCCCAGGCGGCAUGCCACGCCCAACGCGGCCCGUGGGCGGAGCACUGCCGUCCAUGACGACACCAGGCGCAGCGAUGAUGAAACCUCGGAAGAACAGCAGCGACAGCGGCGAGGACAGCGGUGUGAGUGGCGCCGUCACGGGCGACACUGAGAGGAAGAGCAACAAGGCGAAGGUGCAGGAUGCGAUGAAGGAUGCGAGCAGCACGGAGGACAUGAGCUCGACCACAGAUGAUGGUGCGACAUCGACCAGUGGCGACAUGGACAACGGCUACGUUGUCGUAGAGGGUGCAGAGGGCGUUGAGACUGACGACGGUGCGCGGACACCGGAGGGCAGACUUGUGGUGGAGCUGAGCGACGUGGAAGGCAACGGCGGUGGUGGUGGUGGAACUUCAGACCGCGAAUCAAAGGCUUGACAUGGGUUUGGUGAGUGAGAGAGAGAGAGAGAGUGUGUGUGUGUGUGUUUUCGAGAAGAAGCGAGGGUCAUAGAGUGGGCAUAGAUUUGUGCUGACACAUGUGUUGGGGAAGGAGGGGCUGUUUGCGCACGUGAAGGGUGAUGAUGUUGAAGAUGGUGAGGGUGAAGGGGCGGCGAUGGUGCUUUGUGAGAAUGUGCAGGGACAUGAGAGUGAGGACAUAUGUGCGGUUUCAAGUGUGUCGUUGUUGCUGUGUUGUAGCGAGGGGACGGCAUUGUGUAUGUUUCUGACACGCAACUUGUUGGCAAGGGCAUUUGAGCAGAGGAGCAGAUGUCAUUGAUGGCACUACAAGUGUGGUUGCGAGGAUGGUUGCGAAGAUGGUUGCGAAGAUGGUUGCGAUGGGUGUGAUGGUGUGUUUCUUCUUCUUCUCGGUGGUGGUGGGUGGUGGUGGUGAGCGUGAGCUUGAUUCCACCUUUCAAUUGCAUUUGAUGACGAAUGAACGAUGUUGAAAAAUG